AUGGAUCGAUUUCGAUCGAUGCCUGCUGAAAACAUUGGAUCCUUCUACGACUCAAUGAAGCCGGAGGUGUACGAUGAAAUGGUUCGAUUGAUCAAUGCAACUGAGAGUGAACAGAUCCUUGCAAAGAUCCUUGAGCGAACUGACCUUCAUGCUGAUAGUGAGAUUUAUGAUGUAGGCUGUGGAACUGGCCUCAUGGGCAGAUUGCUCCAUGAACAGGGCUUUCAGCAGAUUGAUGGGAUGGAUGCCUCCGAGCAGUUUGUGUCAGAAGCCAUGCGACGUGGUCAUUAUCGAAACUGUGAGUCCUUCUAUUUGGGGGAGAAGCAGCUGCCGAAGGAGAGAUUGGGACGCUAUGACCUUGUGACUGCUCAUGGAGUUUGGGUGCCAAACCAUAUGCCUGCCAAAGCUAUCAUUGACUGUGUGGAUGCACUGAAGGAAGGAGGCUAUUUCAUCACUGCCAUGCGCUCAUACUUGUGGGAGAAGGGUGACAGCAAUGGCUACAGAGACAUGAUUGAUGCGGUGGUGGAGGAGGGAAAGCUCAGCAUUCUUGAGACUGGAAAGUUCAUGAGAGGAGUGGAAGGUGGGAACGACAUGUUCGCACCCCAAGAGUCUAUGUAUUUUGUUGCCCGGAAACCAGGCCCUCCCCAGUAGCUGGGCGCUUUUGCCUGUUGGCCACAUGUUGCGGGCUACAGCGAUGCUGGUGCCCUUUGAAAGCACCACCUGAAGCCUACAAAGAGGUAGAUCCAAAGAGGUCUGGAGGCUUCCAUGAUUGUAGUGGGAAAA